UUAUUUCCUUCACCUUCUCCUUCCCCCUAAAAUCCCCACGCGUCCCACCCCCAAAAACUUAAAAGCUCCACUUUCUCUCUCUCCCCCAUCCUCGUCUCACUAAUUCUCCCUCUCCGUGGUUAGGCCGCCUCUCUACAAGCUGUGCAGCUCCUCCGCUACUUAUGAAACCCCGGUAAGCCUCUAAAUCCUCUUCUAUCUGUCUCGAUCUUUAUCUGUGUAUUCGGUUCCGACUCUCCCUCUCAAUAACUAUCUCUUCGUACUAAGCCAGUCACUGUGACUAGUGGAGGCCGCCGCAACCUGUCCAGCCACGUUGCCUCGCUCUGUCGAAUCCUCGCUGCAGCGCCACCUCGCCCACGAAAAUCCAGCCCACCACCACUCCUAGUUGGGAAUUGAUUACUUAUCGGUUGCUGCCUUUGAAGAUUUGAUCCCAUCUCAUCUUGUUUUCUUGGAAGGCUGGAUAGACAAGAGUUGGAUGCAAAUCACUGAUAAAUUUGGAUCUAAGGAAUAUGCUAAAGGAGUUAAGGAGUUCAUUAACUUGGCCCGAUCUCAUGCUACUAGUGACGAAAUUCGUUGCCCAUGUGUCAUGUGUUCAAAUAAUUACUUCCUACCUAUAGGCCAGGUAGAAAGACACUUGUUCAUUAAAGGUAUUGAGAAGAAUUACACGACGUGGAUUUUCCAUAGCGAGGAGGAAGAUUUAAUCAUAAGUGAUGAUGAUGAUGAUCUACAUGAUCCCCAAGAAGAGGAUGAUUACAUCAAUGACAUCGAUGUUAUGUUACAAGAUUUUCGAGCUGGGACAUUUCCUAAUGUUCCCAUAACUUAGUCAUUCCAUACUGAGGGUCCGCCAUCGGUUGAUCCUGAAUCAUCGCCAACUUUCGACCAGUUGUUGGCUGAUUCCCGGUGUCCUCUUUAUGAAGGUUGUACAAAGUAUUCUAAACUAUCAUUCACUGUCAAGUUGCUGCAUAUCAAAACACUUGGUGGUUGGAGUGUAAAGUCUUUCGACAUGCUUUGUCACUUGCAAAAGUCAGCUUUUCCCAAUGCCCUUUUGCCAAACUCAUAUCAAGAGUCACAUAACUUGGAAAAAGGCCUGGGCUUUACUUACACCAAGAUACAUGUUUGUCCGAAUGAUUGCAUACUUUAUUAGAGGGAAAAUGUAGAUAAAGAUGAGUGUCCGAAAUGUAAACUCCCAAGGUGGAAAUUCAGCGAAAGUAAGCAAAGACGAAUUCCUCAAAAGGUUCUACGACAUUUCCUGUUGAAGCCAAAGUUGCAGAGAUUGUUAAUGUCACAGAAAACAGCAGCUGAUAUACGGUGGCACAAGGAUCAGCGCGUUAUUCAACAGGGUAUUCUAAGUCAUCCAGCUGACUCUGAGGUGUGGACAACAUUUGAUCAAGAGCAUGCUUGGUUCGCGGCAGAUCCAAGAAAUAUCAGGCUUGGUUUAGCUAGCGACAGUUUCAACCCAUUUAAUAAUUUGGCUAAGCCUUACAGCGUAUGGCCAGUGAUUCUUGUCCCUUACAACUUGCCCCCAUGGUUAUGCAUGAAAGAUCCAUUUUUUAUCACUUCACUCUUGAUUCCUGGACCAAGAUCACCGGAAAAUGAAAUCGAUGUUUAUCUUCAGCCUCUGAUAGAUGAAUUGAUUGAUCUAUGGGAUAAUGGUGUUGAUACAUACGAUGCAAACGCUAGAGAGACUUUCCGAUUGCAUGCAGCAUUGCUGUGAACAAUCAAUGACUUCCUUGCUUAUGGAAACCUCUCCGGGUGGAGCACUAAGGGGAAUAUGGCAUGUCCAUUGUACAAGGAAGAAACAGAUUCAAUGUGGUUGACAUAUAGCCAAAAAAUUGUUACAUGGGUCAUCGCCGAUUCUUGCCACCGGACCACAUCUGGAGAAAGAAAAAGAAGACUAUUUUUAAUGGCUAUGCAGAGCAUCGCGGCCUGCCUACGGUGUAUUCUGGAGAAGAUAUACUGAUUCAACUUCAAGAUAUUCUUGAUGUAAAUUUUGGUAAAGGCAUAAAGAAAAGAAAGCAUACUAUAGACGAGUUUAAUUGAACCAAAAAAAGUAUCUUCUUUCAAUUGCCGUAUUGGUCGACUAUAAAGAUUAGACAUAAUCUAGAUAUAAUGCAUAUUGAGAAGAACAUUUGUGACAACAUCUUAGGAACUUUGAUGAAUAUCUCUGGAAAAACUAAAUAUCAUCCUAAUGCACGUCGUGAUCUUUCCAAUCUCAAUAUAAGGAAGGAGUUACACCUUAUUCAGGAUGAUACACGCAUUAGUAUGCCACAUGCAUGUUAUAUGUUGUAUGGAGCUGAGCGGACUAGUUUCUGUAAUUGGUUGCGAGGUGUGAAAUUCUCAGAUGGAUUCACUUCAAACAUUGCCAAAUGUGUUAGUGUACCUGAUUGUAAAAUCUCGGGGAUGAAAAGUCCUGAUUGCCAUAUUUUCAUGCAAAGGUUACUUCCUACUGCAAUUUCUGGAUACUUACGCCAAGAUGUUCGAUUGGCACUAACUGAGUUAAGCACUUUUUUCAAAGAAUUGUGUGCUAGAACAUGUAAGUUUGAGAUGGUUUUUCUGCCUACCUUCUUUGAUGUAAUGGUGCACUUAGCCUACCAUUUGCCACGUGAUGCUCUGCUUGCAGGGCCAGUUCAAUAUAGGUGGAUGUAUCCUUUCGAGAGGUAUCUUGGAAAAUUCAAGAGAUAUGUUAAGAAUAAGACCUGCCCGGAAGGUUCAAUAGCCAAGGCCUAUAUCCAUGUAGAAUGCUUGAAUUUUUGUUCCAUGUACCUCCACGAUGUCGAGACUAGAUUCAAUCCCCUCGAACGUAAUGUUGAUGAAGGAGAUGAGGGUGUACAAGAGGGACUAUGUGUUUUUUCACAGAAGGUGCGCCCCAUGGGUUUUGCUUCACGUCACCGAUUAGACGAUAACAUUUUCUUAAAAGCCAGAUGGUAUCUUCUUAAUAUUUGCACAGAGAUUGAUCUAUACCUUAAUGUGCACUACAUGCAGGUCAGUGAAGAGUAUCCUGAUGAUGUCGAUAGUAUGCAUGCUGCAAAAUUCCCAUAUUGGUUCAAGUCACAUAUUCAAAGUCUGCUUGCUGAUAAUCCCGGAGAAGUUUCGAAGGAUCUAUAUGCCCUAGCAUGUGGUCCUAACCCUUGGGGUGCAUCCUAUUCAGGUUGCAUAACCAAUGGUAUAAGAUUUCACACAAAAAAUCGUGAAGAACAUCGUCACACCCAAAACUCAGGUGUCAUGGUGAUUAGUGAACAACCAGAAUCUGAAAAGCUUGAGUUCUUUGGUAGACUAAUAGACAUUUUGAAAAUCCGCUACAUGGGUUGGCGUUGUGUUUGCUUAUUCAAAUGUGAAUGGUUCGACAUCUCUGAUUCCAAACAAGGGAUACGUGUGGAAAAACAUUUUAUUAGUGUGAAUAUGUCUCGGACAGCUUAUAAGGACAACCCUUUUGUUUUGGCGUGCCAAGCGUCGCAAGCGUUUUACCUAAAAAAUCGCAGCAUCCGUGGUGAUUGGUAUAUAGUGCAAAAGGUCAAAGGUCCAACUAUGACCUUCCACGAAAACCCCUAAUUGAAGAUGAUGCAUCUGAUUUUAGCAACGUUGAUGCAUACCAAGUGGAUAAUUCUGGCGAUGCUUACGUGAAUGUCCAUGCUGAUGACAUUCCACUGCAAACAAACAUGCACAGGCCUAAUGUUGAGCCGGAGCAGAUUGAAGUUGACACAUCGGUAAUGCAAAUGUCAAAUUGCAACCAGUUUGAGAGGGGGUUUAUCAAUGACGAUACAAGUGAAGAUAGUUCUUCUCACAGCACCGAAGUGGAGUGUAGCAUAGAAGAAGAUAGUCUCUCAGAGGAUGAGAUGAACUAGCCACUUCAAAGUUGGUAAUUACACUGUGUCUCCAUACAACCCAUUUUGUUUGGCUUAUCCUAAAUAUCAUUUCUCAAAUUAAAGACCCAUAUUUUCCGUCUCUCGCAGGAACAUCAAGGUCGUUAGCAAUGUGCAAUUUACUUCAAGAAUAGGGGAUCUUCCAUUGAAUGGAUGUGUAAUUUGCUUGAGAAUUAUUUAGUUUGUUAUCUUUUGCCAAUUUAGCCAAGUUUGUAAUGACAGCACACUAGGAGGCAUUACUUCCUAAAUGUCCUGGUUAAUUUAUGAAGAAUUAGCUAGCCAGCAUAAGCAAAUUAUUAAUUAGAGGCCAUUGGAAAUCGAUAGAUCGAAGCUAGCCACUAUAUAUUAUCCAUGAUCAAUUGAUGUCUUCUUUUUAUUAACUUCAUGUAAAAAUAUUUA